AUGGGUCUUCCUCGAGACAUCCCUUCCUACGCUUCGCUUCUGGAACAAUGUUGCAACACCAAGAACCUCCAUAAACUCGGAAUACUCCAUUCCCAAACAAUCAAACUCGGCUUUUGUUACAAUGACUUCAUUCGAGCAAAACUCGUCUCUUCAUACUCCGCUUGUUCUCAAAUGUCCGAUGCUCAGCUUAUCUUCUCUUUUACAAACCGUAAAUCCACCUUUCUCUACAACACCAUUAUCAGGGGUUACUCUUCCACCAACCAAUUCCAUCUUUCUCUCGCUUCUUUCCAUCAAAUGCUUCAAUUACGCAAAUCAAUUGACCUCAACACCCUUCCCGCUGUUCUUAAAUCCGUCGCCGCCCUUUCUUCUCUAAGACUUGGCCGCCGACUCCACAGUUUUGUAUUGGUACAUGGGUUCAGUUUCGAUCUUGCUCAUUGCAAUGCCUUGAUCACAAUGUAUGGUAAAUGCGGCGACUUGCAGUCUGGGCGUAAGGUGUUUGAUAAAAUGCCUGAAAGAAACUUGAUUACUUGGUGUGCCAUGAUGGGUGCUUACGGAAUGCAUGGGAACUCUGAUGAGGUCUUUUGGUUGUUUGAUAGGAUGUUGGAUUCUGGUGUUCAGCCUGAUGGGGCGAUCUUUACCACAGUGCUUACGGCAUGCAGUCAUGGAGGAAGGGUAGAGAAGGGGGAGGAAUAUUUUGAGAUGAUGGUUAAGAGGUUUGAGUUGAGGCCAAGCAAGGAACAUUGUACUUGUAUGGUUGAUAUGUUGGGUAGAGCGGGGAGAAUUGAACAAGCCAAAGGGAUUGUUGAGAGUAUGGAGAUGGAGCCUGAUGCUGGUUUAUGGAGGGCAUUCCUUGGAGCCUGCAAAAUCCAUGGAAAAUAUGAGAUAACAGUCAGAGGUAAACAUUGGACGCUACAAGAUUAG